AUGUUCCAACCAACACAAAAAUCUUCAAAACGACUAGAUCUUCAAGGCAUCCGGGCUCUCGCUAUUCUAGUUGUUCUUGGCUUUCACUUUUACCCAAAAUAUUUUCCAAAUGGGUAUCUAGGAGUUGAUCAAUUCUUUGUGCUCUCCGGGUUUCUAAUGUGUAUGCUGCUGAAGCGAGCCGAAAAUCAAUCGGCGUGCUCUUUAGUGACGCUGUUUUAUUCGAAGAGAUUCAAGAGAAUUCUUCCAUUAUAUCUACUUAUCAUCCUUAUUUCCAUGAUUUGUCUCUAUAAUUUCUUCCCCGACACAGCUAUUGAGACGAACAAGGAGUCGGCUGUAAAUGCACUACUUUUUGUGUCAAACCGGCCAAAAACUGCAGCAGAGGACUAUUUUACCAUGCUCUCUAUCGCAAUUGACAUCUUCACACACACCUGGUCGUUAUCUGUGGAAAUUCAAUUCUACUUCCUGGUUCCUUUCAUUUUUCUCCUAUCAACCAAAUUACCUAGUAAGAUGCAAUAUGGGUUCUAUGGAGUUGUAGGGUACAUAUCAUUAUGGUAUUUCUAUUCCGUACCUGAGACUGUGGCAUUUAAUAGCCUUUUUGCAAGGAUCUGGCAAUUUAUGUUAGGCAUGGUAGGGUAUCUUCUCGCAAUUUUAAAACCCAAAUAUUCAAAUUGCCAUGUGCUCAGCAAUUUGGAAGACGGUCAGGGGAGUCAAGAACCCUGUCCAAAUGAUAAAUUUCGUUGGUUUUUGAUACAUUCCCAAUUCAUGUCGUACAUAACACUGCUCAUUUUACUGGCUAUUAAUAUUUGCCCGUUUGCCUUGCCGGCGGAGCUUGUGAGGCCUCUAGUAACAAUGGGCACCGGAUUCUUAAUGCUGCUAUCUGAGGACAACUUGGUAUUAUCGAAUAGGAUACUAAUUUAUAUAGGAGACAUUUCAUUCUCCUUAUACCUAAUCCACUGGCCUAUUUACGCGUACUGGAAACUCACUUGCAAUGGAAAUCAGAUUUCAUUAGCUGUUGCUCUGGCGUCGUCUAUAGUUUUUGCUGUAAUCACUUAUGAGAAUUUCGAGAAAUGGUAUCUCCGACUAUCUUCUACAAGUAUUGGCCUACUUGUUGUAGCACUAUUCUUUAUAAAUAUAGUGGUAAUCAACAAGGAUCAGAUCUUGGAUCACGUGAACUUUUCUGGGAAGGAUAUUUCAAGUUUGGAUAAUGUUACGGAUGACAUGACUCUUGACGACGCGGAACGCCUAAACCAUCGCUGGAAUGUCAAUGACUAUAAAAACUUGUACACUUCCACGUGUAAGUAUGAGAACAAAGUUGGUCCACUCGGAUGGUGUAGACAUACUGGUCUUUCUAAAUCUGGAAAAUACAGGUUGGCAACAAUUGGUAACAGUUGGACGGCCAAUCACGCGAAAUUGUUCUACCAGGAAUGUAGUUAUAAGGCAAAGAGUAUCAUGCAGGGUGCUGCAUAUGGCUGUGAACCUUUGUACCCCACUACUCAAUAUACGGUGUGUAAGGCAAACUUCACAGAUUUCGAGCAAAGAAUUCGCAAGGAAAAGCCGGAUUUCGCUUUUAUCAUUACACGCUAUAUAUCAAUUGGUGAACCAUUUCCAAAAAACGUGACAACUUUUGAACAAGACCCCAUCUACCAGACUAUGAAGGAGCAAAUGCUAAAAUUCAUCUCAAAUAUCAAGUACAAAUUGUACAUACUUGACGCCGUGCCACGAAUAAAUGCAAAGGUUGUCAGGAGAAUUACUAAAUUUAUGAGAAACCACACGGAUCCAGUGGCUAUUGAUAAAGCAAUCGUCAUAUUCCAUGAAUACGAGAUGGCUCGAAAAAGACACGCACAACUGAUCAAAGACUGCAAUGGAAAAUGUGUGUUGGUGGAUUAUGUGCCAGAAUUCUACAAUACGGAAACAGGAACAUUCCGGUAUUUUGACAAACGGGGCUUUUCGUACUGGACGACACCUUCCCACUUGUCACCGCAUGGAAUUGAACAUGUCAGACAUGUUUGGAGGGAUAUUUGUGCGAAAUUAUAA